AAUUUGGUCAGUUAAAUGUUUAUUUGUUUAAUUUAAAUAAAUGUUAUAUCGUAAAACACCAAAAAAAAAUUAGUAUGAAUGAUAUAAAAGGGAAGGAAAAGGCCUUAAAAUAUAUAAAACAAGAAGGGAAUACGCGACCGGUUUCAUUUUACGAACUUAAUAGUCAAAUGCAUGGAAAUAGUAAUAUUCAUAGUAUUCUUCAAGAGCUGGUCACCGAAGAUUUCAUACUAGAACAAAAGAUUGAAAUAAAUGGGCUUUCAUUGGAUAUACCAUUAGAUACCGUAACUUUAUAUUUUAACAAGAUCAAGAGUAAUAAGGAUAAAGUAUCGGCACCGACUUUAAGAAGCAGUGUUCUAGAAGAAUCAUGUUUACAAACAAGUUCUAAAUCAGUUAAAUCAGUUGAACCUAACUCCCAGAUUCAAUCGCUUAAAAAUCAACUUCUUGAAUUGAAUAAUUAUGAAAUAGAUUUGAAAAAAAAAUUGCAAAAUAAUUUGGACGUACAAAAGACGUUGAAUGAUCAUUACCGACAACUACACGAAUAUAAUGAAAUAAAAGAUAUAGGACAAAUGUUGCUUGGUAAAUGUGCUGAAAUUGAAGGAACAACAACAAAGGAAAUGUAUAAUAAGUUUGAAGUUGAACUAAAUGAUUAAAAAAAAAUAAACAAUAGCUUUCUAUGAUUCUUCAUCAAAAUCUAAAAUAGCAAUUGUCCCACUCAA